AUGGGUGUCAGCAAAUCCUUGGGCCUAGCGAAACGCCGGAAACAGCAAGACAAGCUAGCUCGAACGGGAGAUACAGUUGAGCAGCAUGGAGUGGAUUGGGAUGCCGUUCGAGUACGUGGCUUCUUACCAGUCUGUGAUCUCGCUCCUGACUCCCGUACACCAUCUCUCAGGAUGAGGUACGAUCGCUACAUCUCAGCCUACGCCGCCCGAUGCCCCUUCCACGUCUUCGACACCCGCACAAACCGCACCAUCACACGCGCCGAGCUCGCGAGCAACAUCUCCGGCUCCCUGAAGACCUGGACUGCAUGCCCGCUGACGUGCACGGCGCUCAUGGGGACGAUAGCGAAUAUGAUUUAUUCUGCGUACGUCGUGGAUGAACGUGCCAAGUUGGAGCGUCCGUAUGCAGGUGAUAUGCGCGAGCAAGAGUGGUUGAGCAGGAGGGCGGAGGGGGUGCGGCCGUAUGUGUAUUCCGCGAUGAUGAAGGCCGGAGGCGUGCUGGUAGGAGAGGGCGACGAUGCAGAGGGCGGCAAUUUCAUAUCGUGCCUUCACUGCAAGCUCGCUCGCUACAAUGCCGACAAUCCAUCCUACCAUGUCCCUAUUCCCGCCAUCCUCUCAGCCGUUCGCGAUCUAAUCGCCGCAAACAGGGCACAUACAUCCAUCCCCACCCACAUGGUCCUCGAACAGAUCGAGUUGCUUGGCCAGUAUGCGAUCCUGUCGCAUCGCUGGGAAGACCCGCCCGAGGAGGAGCUGUGCUUCGCCGACUUCAACGACGAAAUGCAUAUCCCUGCUGCUGCUCAUAAACUCGCCCUAUACACUAAAAUCGCGUCGAGAGUCUCCAGGGGCUCAGAGAAACCGGCGGUCCCAUCGCGCGUUCAGGCGGCUGAGAAGAAGGGGUUCAAGAAACUUGCGGGCUUUCGGGAGGUUGUCGAAUCGCGCUGGGGGUGUCGGUACUUGUGGAUGGACAGCAUCUGCAUAAGUGAAGCGGAGAGAAGUGAAUCGAUCCACCAGAUGUUUGGAUGGUACCGCCGUGCGUACGUCUGUGCGGUGUACCUUUCAACUCGCUCAUCCGAGAGCUCGAUGGCAUCGAUUACGGGGGAUCCCUGGUGUGCAAGGGGGUGGACCCUCCCGGAACUCCUCGCCCCCCCACGUAUGGAGUGCUUCGCGAAGGACUGGACUCUCCUCAGCGACGCGGAGUCAAACCUGAGCGCUUUUCGAGAGGGUAUCGUGAACUCGAAUCCGAGUGCCACAGCAACUCCUGGGCAUCAGCACCGUACGGUCUACGAGCCAGGCGUCCAUCAAGCCCUCUCCCUGUUCCACGCGAUGCGCUAUCGCGACACCACCCGCCCCGAGGACAGAGUAUACGCUCUGUUCUCCGCCCUCGACAUCGACAUCCCGGUGGCAUACGGCGAGGGCUUCAGCCGCGCCUUUUACCGCCUUCAAGCCGAGUGCCUCACCCGAGGGCACGAUCGGCGGCUCCUCAUCUGGGACGACCCGCACCCCGGGGCCCAUAAACGCACGCGAGGGAGAGGAUCAGCCGCGUCGCCGCAUAACUCGAUGCUCGCCGCAGACUACAAGAUGUUCGCCAAUGAGCGGGUGUACGGGUAUUAUGCGCACAGUAGGAAUUACGGUAUCGGGGAUCUACAGUAUGUCCCGCCUGAAACCCUGCCCGACCCGUCCAUUUCGUUCGACGCGGACGGCGUGAUGCGUAUCAUGCUCAGCCUCCAUCCGUGGCCGCCCGCGGCCACGACCACGACCACAACCACGACCGCACCUACUUCUGCAUUAACGUCUACCUCUUCGUUGACACUGACAUCCGAACCAGACCAAAAGGACAAUAACAUUGUGUUCGCGUCGCUUGGCAUGCACUCAUUUACUGGGGAUCAUUAUGGUGUCUUGUUGCGCCCGAUCCCGCCGAGGGAUCCUCCGGGCGAAUUACUGGAAUGGAGAGAAGAUAAACAGGGAAACGGGGAAUCGGUACAUAUGAGGGUGAUUUAUGAGAGGAUACAGUUCCUUCGCUGCACCUCAGCCGCUGCCCUCCAGAUCGAGCCUCUCGAGAAUGCUCAUUCGCAAGGGGAUGUGAGGAUCACAUGGAUUAACGAGGCUGAUGAUGCCUCCCGCUUCGCAACUUUCUCGGUCUUCCUCCACCACCCCACUUUCCGCUCUGACUUCGCCAUCCUCAACAACCAGCGCCCCGCAGACGGCGGCGCAAACGUCACGCUCCCCGUCGUCCCUGCUCAACUCCUUUCAUCCUUCACCGUUCUCGGCUUGGACACCGUUGGCGUGAGCGCAGUGUUUAUCGUGGAGCUGUGA